AGACCGAAGCUGAGAGGCAGAGCGAGCUCAUUACUUCUGCAAUAACCAUGGCACCAGUCGGAGCAAAGAGGAACAUCCUGGAGCGUCUGGAUGCAGGCGAGGUCGUCAUCGGGGAUGGAGGCUACGUCUUUGCCCUUGAGAAGAGGGGCUAUGUCAAAGCAGGUCCAUGGACCCCAGAGGCAGCUGCUGAGUACCCUGAAGCAGUGCGGCAGCUGCAUCGGGAAUAUCUCAGGGCUGGAGCCAAUGUCAUGCAGACUUUCACAUUUUAUGCAAGUGAUGACAAACUGGAGAACAGAGGCAACAACCAGCGCUUCAGCGGGCGUCAGAUCAAUGAAGCAGCUUGUGAUCUGGCCAGAGAGGUGGCCAAUGAAGGCGAUGCUAUGGUGGCAGGAGGAGUCUCUCAGACUCCCGCUUACCUCAGCUGCAAGAGUGAGAACGAGGUGAAGGCCAUCUUUAAGAAGCAGCUUGAUGUCUUUGCCCAGAAAAAUGUGGACUUCUUGAUUGCAGAGUACUUUGAGCACGUGGAGGAAGCUGAGUGGGCUGUCCAAGUUUUGACAGCUGCCAAGAAACCUGUGGCUGCAACUCUGUGUAUUGGACCGGAGGGAGACCUGCACGGAGUCAGUCCUGGAGAAUGUGCUGCCAGACUUGUCAGAGCCGGAGCUCAGAUUGUGGGAGUUAACUGCCACUUUGACCCCAUGACCUGUGUGAAGACUGUGAAGAUGAUGAAGGAGGGUGUGCAGAAGGCCGGACUGAAGGCUCACUACAUGAUCCAGCCAUUGGCCUACCACACUCCUGACUGCAACUGCCAGGGCUUCAUUGACCUGCCAGAGUUUCCCUUCUCUCUGGAACCAAGAAUCCUGACUAGAUGGGACAUGCAAAAAUAUGCCCGGGAAGCCUACGAUGCUGGCAUUCGUUACAUCGGAGGCUGCUGUGGAUUUGAGCCCUACCACAUCCGUGCCCUGGCUGAGGAGCUGGCACAUGAGAGGGGCUUCUUGCCUCCUGCCUCAGAGAAACAUGGCAUCUGGGGUGCCAGCCUGGACAUGCACACAAAGCCAUGGGUUAGAGCCAGGGCCCGUCGUGACUACUGGGAGAAGCUGAAGCCUGCAAGUGGCCGUCCCUACUGCCCCUCUAUGUCUAACCCUGAUGGGUGGGGUGUUACCAAAGGCCAUGCUGACCUGAUGCAGCAGAAGGAGUCCACCUCUCAGGAGCAGCAGAGGGCUCUUUUUGCAAAGGCCAAGGCCAACCAGUGAGCAUUUCUCCUAAAUAUGCGAACACAAGCAACACCACUAUGAAGGAGAGGAUAUCUCUAUACUCAAUGAAAGUGAAUGAUUAAUUAAAUUGCAUGGCUUUGUUCCAAAACGACAGCCACCACUGGAAUGCUGGAUAAGAGUGAUUUCAUUCUGGAGAUAACAGGAUUGCAUCUGUAUCUUGUUUUGAAAUAAGAAAGCAACAUUAACUUUCAUUGUGUAUCCAAGAGGAGAGAAGGCAUACUUGCAUACAUUCCCUUUAGCUUGCAUACCAAAGAAGAGCUGAUGCUUAAAUGCUGACGUUGUUCUGUCUUUCUAGGACCAUUCUUUUUCUAUGAACAAAAGUGAUGUCAAACAGAUUUGUUGCCACUCGAGAGUUUGGAUGUAUUGAUCUUUUGAUGAGAAUUGUUGAGAAAUGAGAAAUGUUUUCCACCUUCACCAGAUCUCCAAGAUGAUUAUUCAAAAUGGCAUUCUGGUGAAGUAAAUCUGACCUCAGUGUUCAAAACAGCAAGUGAAAAUGUGUUUGAACAAUGCCUUACUUUAACACUCCAAAAGUCUGAGAUGGUGUCUUAUAAAGAGAGAAUAACUGUAUAAAUAAACCUGCAAUUGUGAAAAACA